AUGGAGAAGAAUGAGAAAAAAAUUAUGGAGAUUGAUGCAAAAACAUCUGAGGAUCAACCUGAACUCAACUACAAGGGUAUCAAGGCCAUGCCAUUUAUCAUAGGUAAUGAGACAUUCGAGAAGCUUGGGGCCAUUGGCACACUAACCAAUCUUCAGGUGUAUUUAACUGCGGUUUUCAACAUGUCACGCAUCAGUGCCACAACUCUCCUUAACAUCUUCAAUGGCACCACCAACUUUGCUACCUUGUUGGGGGCUUUUCUCUCCGACACUUAUCUUGGCCGAUACAAAACACUGGGAUACGCUUCAAUCUCUUCAUUUCUGGGAUUACUGGUUAUAACUCUAACAGCAGCAUUUAAGAAGCUACAUCCUCCCCAUUGCGGAGCAGAUGACAGCAAAUGCAUUGGUCCAGACGCGGGACAAAUGGCAUUUCUAUGGCUUGGUUUUGGCCUAAUGAUAGUCGGAGCCGGUGGGAUCAGGCCGUGUAACUUUGCAUUCGGAGCCGAUCAAUUCAAUCCCAAUACUGAUUCUGGGAAGAAGGGAGUCAACAGUUUCUUCAACUGGUAUUUUUUCACGAUUACAUUCGCGCAAAUGGUAUCAGUAACACUCGUGGUUUACGUGCAAACUGAUGUGAGCUGGUCUAUAGGAUUAGCAAUUCCUAGUAUUUUUAUGUUUUUAUCAUGUGCUAUGUUCUUCAUGGGGACUAAAAUUUAUGUGAAAGUGAAGCCAGAGGGCAGUCCAUUUACUAGUAUACUUCAAGUUCUGGUGGUUGCUUUCAAGAAAAGGAGGCUGAAAUUACCACAACAGCCUCGGCUCAGCCUAUUCAAUUAUACACCUAUGAAAUCCAUAAAUUCCAAGCUUCCCCACACUGAUCAAUUAAGUUUCCUCGACAAAGCAGCGAUUUUAACAGAAGUCGACGAAAUCAAUCCAGAUGGAUCAGCAGCCAAUCCGUGGAGGCUAUGCAGCAUGCAGCAAGUCGAAGAAACAAAAUGUGUGCUUCGUGUUAUUCCGGUAUCACUAACAGCUAUUUUGUACCAUAUUGGAGCCCAACAACAGUACAUAGUUUUCCAAGCACUUCAAUCCAACAGGCAUCUAGGCAAAACCAGCUUCCAAAUACCAGCAGCAACCUACAUAAUUUUCGCCAUGUUAAGCCUAUCUAUCUUUAUACCUAUAUACGACAGGAUUCUAGUCCCAUUUAUGCAAAGAAUAACGGGGAAAGAAGGGGGCAUAACGGUCCUUCAACGAAUGGGAAUCGGUAUAUUCAUCACUAUAGUCGAGUCUUUUUUGGGAGCCUUUGUGGAAGUACGAAGAAGAGAUUUGGCACUUAAACAUCCAAUCGCGGGAGUAAGAGGCGCGAUUUCACCUAUGUCUGCUUUAUGGUUAGUUCCUCAGCUAGCAUUAGGUGGACUUGCUGAGGCAUUUAACUCCAUUGGACAAGUAGAAUUUUACUAUAAGCAGUUCCCGGAAAAUAUGAGAAGCGUUGCAGGGGCAUUCUUCUUUGUUGGAAGUGCUGUAUCGAAUUAUUUGUAUGGAUUCAUUAUUUCAGUAGUUCAUCGUUCGACUGAGGGCACAUCGGGUGGAAAUUGGCUGCCAGAAGAUCUCAACGAGGGUAGAUUGGACAAUUUCUAUUAUAUGACUGGAGCAUUGUGUUUCUUCAACUUUUGCUACUUUUUGGCUUGUGCUAAGUGGUUCAGAUACAAGGGAAGUGAAGAUGGCAGCAUUGCAGUUGAAAUGCAGGAGAAAAAACUUGACCAACAUUCUGCCUAA